CUGUCAUGGACGCCAAUUAACGCGUGGUUUCGCGCAACUGCGACGCGUUUGCCGGCCAGUGCUCCGCUGCGGCUGGAAGGAUUUCUUGAGUAUCCAUUCCUAAUGCAUUAUCCCCUGGCGAUUCGACCUAUUCGAAGGAUACCGUCACCCAGGUGAGUCCAUUGCAUCUGUGAAGGGCUUUCCCUGUCCUUCUUUUUCGCUUCCUUAUUCUUUCUCUUUUUUGUUCUACAUUACCCUCCCCUCACUUUCGGGAUCAUUCAAGUUCCCUUCCCAACUUCAUUUUCGCUACUUCAUCGUCUGCCUUGUCUUAUCAAUUCUUCCCAAUCGAUUUCCCUGGCCCCCAUUCUUUGGAGACAUAUUUUCUCACACUCACCUACGAAAGGCGACACACGAUUGUCGGCAACAUGGCCGGUAGAGCGGGCAUGAAACGUGAUGCUAAUCAUUUGACGACACCAGAGGCCGACUCAAAGAAACCCAAGGCCAAUGGAAGCAUCACUUCAUUCUUUGGUGCCCCCAAAAGCAAACCCAACGACUCAAAACCCACUUCGUCCUCAUCGGGCUUCAACAAGCAGAAAUGGGUCGACUCAUUGACUCCAGAACAAAAGGAGCUCCUCCAACUUGAAAUAGACACUCUCGACGAGAGCUGGCUGGCACAGCUAAAGGAGGAAGUCGUCAAGCCGGAGUUCCUAGCACUGAAGCGCUUCCUCCAGAAGGAAAAGCAAUCGGGAGCUAAAAUCUUCCCUCCCGAAGAAGAUAUCUACUCAUGGUCCCGUCAUACGCCUCUGCACAAGGUGAAGGUGGUCAUAGUCGGCCAAGAUCCUUAUCAUAAUUAUAACCAGGCUCAUGGUCUUGCAUUCUCCGUCCGCCCUCCAACUCCUGCCCCGCCCUCCCUCGUCAACAUCUUCAACGAAAUUCAUAAUGACUAUCCCUCGUUCCAAAGACCCGCAAACAAGGGUGGCCUUCUCAUACCCUGGGCCGAGCGUGGUGUAUUAAUGCUGAACACUUGCUUGACGGUACGCGCACAUCAGGCCGCUAGCCAUUCAAACAAGGGAUGGGAGUUGUUCACUCAGAAAGCCAUAGACUUGGUGGCCCGAGUACGGACGCGCGGAGUUGUUUUUCUUGCAUGGGGAACACCCGCAGGCAAGCGUGUGACAGGCAUCAAUAGAGCGAAGCAUUAUGUUCUGCAAUCCGUCCAUCCAAGCCCCCUAAGUGCGUCAAGAGGAUUCUUCGGAAACCAACAUUUCAAAAAAUGCAAUGAGUGGCUUGCUGAACGUUAUGGUGCUGACGAAGUCAUCGACUGGUCAUUGACUUCGAAGAGCAAAAUCAGCUCUCCAUUUACCACCAUCCAAAGCCCUGCUCUCACUGGUUCUUCGAAAAAGCCUAUCGCUAAAGUGUCAGAUGCUAGUUUGGUGAAGGAAGAGGUCUCCAAAACAACAGAGCCUGCCAAAUCUACCGAGGACAUUGACGAGUUCGAAGACGAUCUCGAUGCGCUGGAAGCCCUAGCAGCAGCAGAAGUGACCAGAUAG